AUGAAGAAUUACAAAAUAUCAACUAGAAGAAUACUAGUAUCUCGAUAUAGAGAAACAUUUCAAAAUAGACAAUACUCUACCUAUACUUAUCUAUUUCCUACACUCUUAUUACUUGUUAUGUGCUGUGUAUUUGCAGAAUCUGACCCAGAUGUGCCCAAAGAUGCAUGCAGCUCUAAAGAUACUUCUGAACUAGAAUUAGCUAAGAAUAGCGUGACAAUAAACUUAUAUGGGCCUCUAAAUCCAAUUCUGUGGAAUCUAAACAGAAAGACUCCUCUUAUAACAAAUAUGAGGAUGCUUCUAUUGUUUUUAGAGCAGAAUAAGGAUAUGCACAAUCUAUAUAUUAGUGCAAAUUCUACUGUGGAGAGUAUGCCUACUCCGCCGAGUACUCAAAAAAAGUCUAAUUAUAAAAACACUUUUACAUGUUCUUAUAAAAAUGAUUCACUACUUGGCUGGUAUGUAAAUGAGCUUCUAAAGACAUGGUCUCUAAUGUUUCCUUCCAUGAAAGACACAGAAUGCAUAAAAAGCUCUGAUAAAAAUUCCUUUUAUAGCGUGCUUGUGAAAAACUCAAAGGAAAAAAACGACUAUAUGUUCCUUGCCUCGUUACUACUUCUUUCAGAGGGGCUGCCCAUUCCUUUGUAUAUUCAAAAGAACCCUAGCGACACAGUCAUAUCUCUAAAGUCCCCAAAACACUCUACAGAUAUUUUUAAAAUUACUUUAAAUACAUCACAGCUAAAUAACCAGCCGCACGAUGUUAUAAAGAUAGUUGAAUUUUUCAUAGAUAAUCAAAAAAACAAAGACAAUCUACACAGUCUAUUCUUAGACCCAUGUCUAUAUAAAGAAUAUAAAACCGGAAGGUUUAUGCACACGCCGCAUUUUCUUAUACACACAUAUAUAUUAGAAUACGUGUCUCCAAAUGAUGUAUCUAUCUUUAAUAACAUAGUGCAUACGAUUUUAGCUCUUAAUAAAAGAAACACACCAAACUGCAGGUAUACAAGAGUAUAUAAUAGGUACUUUAGAAAUCUGACAGAUAAGGAAAAGGAGCUGCCAUCUUCUAAGCCACUGAACUGUAAUUACUCACUUUUAAGUAUAGUGUAUUAUAUAGAUAGCUAUUUUAUCGUGGACGGCGUGAAAAAGCUAUCUACUGAGAAAGCAGAUGCUCUUUCUAAAAUCAGCACAUUUAUUCAAAAAACAAAGAAUACCAUGCCUUUCUUUUUAUUGUGCCGUAGCAUAGACUCAAUGGUAGACAAUCCAUUUUUUAAGCAGCGUGUUCCUUUGAUAUACAACCACGAUAUGCUGUAUUCAGAGGAUAGCAUAAAAAACAAUCUGUCUAGCUUUUUCUUUAGCACAUUAUUUACAUCACCCGAAAAUAUCUUAAACCAGGCGUAUGAAAUACUUCUAUAUGCUAUGAAAGAGAAUCUGCCUAUUGAGAGUGUUAGUGUUCGGCUUGUCCGUUUUUUGCUACAGUAUGGGUUGUCUAGCAACAUGAAAAAAGACCAUCCAGUUUUUUCUCUUCUGCUGCUAUUUGAGAAAAUAGAAGCUAAGCAGCACGCUAGCCUAGAGCAGCCCUUUUCGUGUUGCAAAAUAGACAAAAUGACUCUGGAAGACAUAUGCACGGUAUUUGAAUAUCUUUUGAAGAAAAAAAAUCCUGAUUUACUCUGCUUAUUUAUUUGCCACUGUGCAGAACAUGUUGCCCCAUCCUUUUCUCCUAUAGAUAUCCUUAUUACUGGUGUAAAAGACGAAAAUAGAAUAGAUUUUGUCAAAGUCCUAACAAAAGAUGGAAAAACCAUGGAGUAUAUUAUGCGCACAAUAGAAGGCAUUGAAAAUUUGACUGAUGAUGCUUCUCAGAUAGAAAAAGUAGUACAAAACCUAUUAAUGACAAUAAUUGGCCUGUCUUAUACCACGGACAAUGCUUUCGAUAAUAUUAUGCAGGAGUGCUUUGUUCUGCUAGAAACAAAAUAUAUCAAAUGUGGUGUGGAUGCAUGCAAAAUUAGUGACCUUUCUUUGCUUAUCUCUAUACAAAAGGUUUUGAAUCAAAAGGAGAGUCUUUUUGGCAGUCAGGAGAAUCCAGCAUGCUUCAACAAACUAAAAGGCCUGCUUCCGGCAUAUAAGAAUACAAUAGAAAAUAUAAUUUUAGAAAAAACCCAAGAUGAGAUCAUUUCAAUAAUAACCCACGUGAUAUGGCAGGUAAAUGAAAAUAGGGCAAAAGGGCUAAUUUAUGAUUUAAUCGACUUUCUGAAAAAUUUAGAAGAUAAGCCUAUUGAUACGAUCUGUCCAAAAUACAUAUACAAAAUGCUUGGACCGCCAGAUAUCUGUAAUGAUUUGUAUGAUGGCUCAUUAAAAUAUCUCUAUCUGUUUAGCUCAGCAGACCGUUUAUAUAACAAUAUUGUUGCUAAAAUUUAUAAGAUAAUUGAGUAUUUACCAAAAAAGAAUGAUGCUAAAAAAGGCACAUCUUCCUGCAUUCGGAUUAAUUCUUUAAUAGACCGGGCAAGUUCAAUUUGUUCCUUAUUCAAUACAACCAGCCAGGAUUUUAAAGUACUAAAGAAAGAAAUAAUGGAAAUUCAAAAUAUAGGAAGACUAAAUAAUAUUUUGGAUAGGGCGCAUGCAUUGGCAAGAAUUUCAGAUGAAGCAAACACAAUAGUUAAUGACUUUUUUGGGUUUAAUAUAUACGCAUGGUCGUAUAUUUCAGAAUUUUUGUUGCCAAAAUCAGUUUCAUUUAGGCGUGAUAAAAUACAUAAAAUUCUAUCUGGGCUAAAAAAAGGUAUAAAAACGUUAUUAGAAUAUAAUACAAACAACUAUGCUGAUUUGGAUGAUCUUAUGUACGCCCAGAAAGUCAUCAUGAUUGAUUCUAAUAUUAUUAAAAGCAGCAAAACUAUAAAUGUCUAUGCUAAUAAGUUAUAUUUCAAAUGGUUUAAUCCUAUAAAACAAAUUAAAUACACAUUAGACAAGGAAAAGGAAUCCUCUAACCCAAGCUGCUUAGAAAAUUAA